CCGCUACACAUGUACUGAAAUUUUUACAGCAGGAAACCCAAAAACCAAGAUCGCUGUUUGUGUGAACUAGAGUUGUUAAAUCGAGUUUGUUUUCAUAGAAUUUCGCAGCCGACAUGCUUCUUUUUUGUCCAACCUGUGGGAAUGUUUUAAUUGUCGAGGAGGGACAGAAGUGCAUGAGAUUCGCCUGUAAUACUUGUCCCUACGUACACAACGUCACAAGAAAGGUAAAUAACAGAAAGUAUCCCAAGUUAAAAGAGGUGGAUGAUGUCCUUGGUGGAGCUGCAGCUUGGGAAAACGUGGACUCAACUGCUGAAACUUGUCCCAAGUGUGAGCACCCUCGGGCAUAUUUCAUGCAGAUUCAGACCAGAUCAGCAGAUGAACCGAUGACAACUUUCUACAAAUGCUGCAAUGCCCAGUGUGGACACCGAUGGCGAGAUUGACACCUUUGCACUUCAUUUUUGUGCAUUCUCUAUUUUCUGUACAGGCGCUUUUCCUUUUGUCUUGGCAGAUUACAGUUACAUAUAGUAUUCACUUUCCAAUUAUUAUAAAGUUUACAGAUAAUAAAAUGACUCAAUGGCA